GCAGCCAAAGAUGGCGUCGAAACAAUAAGCCGUUCUGAGCGCUCCGCCCUGAAACUAUCAAUCCCGGCCUUCCAUUCUGUGUUGCUAUGGCAGCCAAAGAUGGCGUCGAAACAAUAAGCCGUUCGAGAAAGGGGCCGCCUUGCGCAUGCGCUGUCUUCUUGCGAAGGGGCGGUCUGCGUCGCGGGUACUUCUAGCGGCAGUUCUCGCGAGAUUUUGUAGAGAGAGACGGGAUUCGGGUUCAGGCGCGGGUCGGUUGGCGGUGAGGCGAGGAAACCUGGAUGCUGCCCGCCGGCGGCGCUCACAGGCUGGUUUCCCUGCUCACCCAGGCCUUGGACGGCUGCACUGAGCAAAAGCAGAGGCUGCAGCAGAGGACAAAGCAGUGCCAGGCUCUCCUUCAAGACUGGAACUCUGAUGUUUCUGAAAGUGCGGCCCAUGAAGGCAGUAAAAAUGAGCGUGAAGCAUGUGUCGAAAAUGAGCCUUCAGCCAAGGAGCUUGAGGAAUUGGAGCUCCUUAACAAAGCCCUGGAAAAAGCAUUACGGGUCCGGACCAAGUUCCAGCCGACUCCAGGCGAAGGUGCCAAAACUGUAGACAAGAAGGCUACACUUGAAAAUAUUUCUAAACAGAGCGCCGGCAGGACUGGCAGAACCGCACCUGUGACCCGCAAGCCGGCCUCUCCCAAACGGCCAACGGCGUACAUGCUGAAAGCUCCCUACAGAACCGACCCAGUCGUGAAAAGGCGGCCUCCGUCAAAAAUAUCCGCCAGGCCAAGCUCCAGAGCGUCAAAGACCCCGGGGAGGAAGCGGCCUGCAACCGGGACGGUUUCCCUCGCAGCUGCCGCGUUGCCGCCAUCAGUAUCCUGUCCGGGACAUGAACAGUGCGGAAAGCAGGCGCCCUGUGCCGAGUCCCCGCUGCCCAAAACGGAGCCUGAUCUUUCGGCCGCACAGGCCCAGGUGGCUUCAACCCUUCGGGAGAAAGGGUGUUUGCUGGAAUUGCCACAUCCCUACAAGAAAGCCGUUUCCAAGUAUAUGAGGCUCUUGGAGAAGUGCCAGGUUUACCAAACCAGCCCGGAGGUGUUGACUGCAAGGAAUCGCUUUAUGGAAAAGAUGGAAACAACGACUUGUGGUCAGUUCUGCUCCCCUUCGCCCACAUUUAGCCCAGUUGAAGUGAGACGGGAGCUGCUGCAUUUGAAGGGCGUCUGCACCCUUAUGAGACACUGCAUGGAAACCGAGACUCCAGCGUCUCUUGGAGAAAACCCAACGUGGGAGAGAGAGCACGAAAGCCUACUCACUCUGGAGGGUCUGCAAGUAGUCGUUCAAGAGCAGCUGGAAAAAGUGCAGCCGUUGAAAGAAGCUGUGGAGUCCCAUGCAGAGUUGCUUCCAGCUGAUUUCGCCGGUGACAAGGGGGGUUCCGCUCAGAGAAUUGCUCUCCUUGGAACAGAAAGGUGUUGGGACGUAGAAGCGAUUGGGCCGCCACCUCUGCUUUUCUACUCCAGCCCGAAGGAGCUGAUGGACAUGGAGGCUUUGAAGCUGAAAGUGGCAAUGCUCCACCAGCGACUGGAAAUACAGAAGGCCAUGGAAACUGAACUCCUCCCGCUUCUCGAGCCAGGAUGCCAUCAGGAAGGUUCUCGAGCCUUGUUGUUCCGUGCCGUUUACACCUUGCUUUGCGAAGGGAGUGAGAGCUUCCCUGUCCUUGUCAAUGAUAAUGUGGAGUAAUCCAAUUGCUUGAGGCCAAGAAGAGACUUGGGGUGUGCACACAACUGCGCUCUGUUUACAGUGCUGAAAUGAAUGAUGAUUCUUAGACAGUUUUCAACAUAAUGUUGCAUUCAGUGGCACUGCUUUUUUCAUGUGCGGUUUUAAAAGAAAAAUUGUACAUAUAUAAAAUUUAAAUAAAAUGUACUAGCGAUGAGA